AUGUCAUCCCCCUCCCCCUCCACCGCCAUGACCCGCCUCUUCAACCACCAUGCCUACUGGUGUCACGCAUGUGACAUGAGCAUCGGCCUUCCUCCUUCCCCCACUCCAAAUGCCCUCCUCUGCCCCCAUUGCCACCACGAUUCCCUUGAACAAAUGGACUCUUUUGCCGCUUCCCCCAUCAUUGACUCCCCUACCCACCCCAUUUUAACAGCCCCAGAUGAUAACUUCCUCCUCACCAGUCCCUACCUACACCGCCUCAUCCACCACACCGCACCCACCGCCAAUUCCCACUCAAACUCUGCCCCUAAAUGCGCCAUAGACUCUCUUCAACAAAUUACCAUCACCCAAGAAUUGCUCGAUGAUGACCCAAAUAUGUUGUGCCCGAUUUGUAAGGACCCGUUUCACAUAAAUGAUUCGGUGAAAUUGAUGCCCUGUAAGCAUACCUAUCACGCGGAUUGUAUCGUUCCGUGGCUCGAGAUUAAUAAUUCUUGCCCGGUUUGCCGGUUUAGGAUGCCAACAGAUGAGGAGAAGUGUUGGGAGGGGUCGGAUGGUGGGGAGAGGUAUGUGGGGGUUGAUUGGUUUGAGGAAUUGGUGGAUGAUGAGGUGGAUUUGUUCGGUUUUAGGAAUACUCUUAGGCACAUUGCGAGGAGGCAUCAAAGGGAUGAUGAGGGGAUAAUGGAAGAAAAUAUUGCUAGAGGGAGUGAGGGGAAUCUGCUCUCCCCAACACAAACUGGGGAAGUGGAGAGAGAGGAGGGAAUUUUGGAGAGGGAGAAUAGUUUGGAGGGGUGUUACGGGUUUUGUUCUGUUUUAGCAAAGUUAAAGGUGAUGUAUAGUCGUCAAGGUUACACAAGGGGUAUUGUAUCACCAAUAAUGGUUCUGCCAAGUGUAAAUUUAGCCAUGGAUGACCAUGUUUCUGUUUGA